AUGUCAUCAUCACCCUUAUGUCCGUUGCUAAUCGAAAGUCGCGCGCUUAUUGACUCACUUGGCUAUAUAGAUACUAAAUACAAUUCAAAUGAAAGUCAGCAGCACGUGCAGGCGCAAAUUCGUGCGGAAAUGGCGACGUUCUCGCCGCCCCAGGACAAAUAUUUAGCCUAUUUACCGUCAUACUCGCCAACUUUUAGUGGCAAUGGAAGAUUAUUAACUGAGAUGAAACGUGUGGCAGCCAACGUACCAUUAGAUGCAAUUGAUUUAAAUCGGUAUCAGGUCAACGAGCCGACGGGCAAGAACUCAAAUUCACUGGAAGCAUGGGAGAGUGCAGUCAAGCAGCUGCAAACGGUGGUAGAACAUCAAAGCAAUCGGGUAGUAAAUCUAGAAUUGCAACAAGGCUAUGGUACCAAGCUUUUAAAAGUCCGUGCGGCCAUAUUGGACGGGAUGAACGCACAGUACGAACAUGCGAUUCAAGCGAAUAAAAUGGUCGUAGACAAGGUAAAUCUAAUGCGACAGCAGGAACAAACGCGGAAUGCCAUGAAACUCAAGAAUUACCAAAGCCGGUAUUACGAGCUACUAGCUAAAAAUGUGGCUAUUAAACGGGCAUGUGAAGUUGAGCAAUUACGGCAACGCAAAAAGAUCAAAACAGCGUUAAGUGAGUCAGAUGUAGACAUCAUUACUUGA